AUGGUGUCAGCACAGGGACUCGUUGCCCGAGACGGCACUGGCAAUCAAGGCCUCGACGAGUUCUUGUCGCUGAUCUCCAAUCCAUUUGCAACUAGUCUCCAAGUCAAUGCCUUUUGGGCUUCUCUGGUUACUUCAGUUACGCUCACCGUCAUUAUCGCCCUGUGUUUUUCCUUUCUACGACCUUACAAUUCUUGGGUGUACGCACCAAAAGUGAAGCAUGCCGAUGAGAAGCAUGCACCACCAGUGCUUGGAAAUGGCGUGUUCGCCUGGGUGAAUCCGGUCAUGACCACGCGGGAGGCCUCUCUCUUUGACAAGCUCGGUCUCGAUGCCAUUGUCUUCUUGCGCUUCACUCGCAUGUGCCGCGAUCUCUUCCUUGUCAUGAGCGUCAUUGGGUGUGGCAUCAUCAUUCCAGUCAAUGUCGCAUUCAGCAAGUCGCCUGGGACCGGAAGCCUUGCUGAUCGGGCGUUCAUGAUGAUGACACCGCAAAAUGUUGUUGGCAAACCAAUGUGGGCGCAGGUUAUCGUUGCCUGGGCCUUUGACAUUAUUAUCGCCGUGGUCCUCUGGUUUCAUUACCGCACCAUCACUCGAUUACGGAGGCAAUACUUUGACAGCACGGAAUACCAGCAUGCGUUACACUCGCGCACCCUUAUGCUCACAGGAAUUCCCAAGGCUUACCGAACGGAUGAGGGCAUUGGUCGUAUCAUUGACGGGAUCAAGGCUACCCCAGAACCCCCUCGUUGUGCGAUCGCUAGAAACGUCAAGGAUCUCCCCGAACUGAUUGAGUCUCACGACGAUGCGGUCCGCAAACUUGAAUCGUACUUGGCCAAGUACCUCAAAAAUCCCGACAAGCUUCCUCCCAAUCGUCCGACAUGCCGGGUACCGAAGAAGGAUAAUUCCUACAAGGAAGGGCAGAAAGUCGACGCCAUUGACUACCUGACCGAGCGUAUCCGUGCCCUCGAGGCGGAGAUCAAGGAUGUUCGUGAAUCGAUCGAUAAACGAAAUGCGAUGCCGUACGGUUUUGCCAGUUACCAGACCAUUCCAGAAGCGCACGCUGUUGCGUAUACGGCUCGGAAAAAGCAUCCUCAGGGUGCGAGAGUUGGCCUGGCUCCUAAGCCGAAUGACUUGAUCUGGAAGAAUCUUCCUCUAACCCAGAAGACGCGACGAUGGAGAGGAUUUGUCAACAACAUCUGGGUCGCAGUCCUCACGCUCAUUUGGGUCGUGCCCAAUGCCCUCAUUGCCGUCUUUUUGUCGAAUCUCUACAAUCUUGGUCUUGUAUGGCCCGGCUUCCAAAAGCAAUUGUAUGCAAAUCAGCGGUGGUGGGCCAUUAUUCAGGGUAUUCUGUCUCCGGCCAUCACUUCGUUGUUUUAUCUCCUCUUGCCCACCAUUUUCCGCCGCCUUUCGAUGCGGGCAGGUGAUCUUACAAAGACAUCACGAGAACGACACGUGAUGCAUAAACUCUAUGCGUUCUUCGUAUUUAACAACUUGAUCAUCUUCUCACUCUUUGCGACGCUCUGGAACUUUGUUUCUGCGGUCAUCAAUGCCAAGAAGGAGAACCAGAAUGCGUGGGAAGCGAUCAAAUCUGGUCAUUUGUUUUUCAAGGUCAUGUCAGCACUCUGCCAAGUGUCGACGUACUGGGUUACAUGGAUCUUGCAACGAAAUUUGGGCGCAGCUGCGGAUCUUGCUCAGAUCUGGAAUCUUAGUACGACUUGGUUCGCCAGGAAGUGCUUGAGUCCCACGCCAAGACAGUUGAUUGAAUGGACAGCUCCUCCUGCAUUUGACUAUGCGAGCUACUACAACUACUUCCUCUUCUAUGCGACCAUUGCGCUCUGCUUUGCCACUUUGCAGCCCAUCAUCCUGCCGGUCACUGCACUUUAUUUUGGUAUUGAUGCAUGGCUGAAGAAGUAUCUCUUGCUUUACGUCUUCAUCACCAAGACCGAGUCAGGCGGCCAAUUUUGGCGAGUCUUGUUUAAUCGAUUCCUCUUCGCCACGGUCCUUGCGAAUGUUAUUGUUGCUUUGGUGGUUGUCGCCAAGGGCACCUGGAUUAUGCUUAUCUGCAUGGCUCCUCUUCCCAUCCUAUUACUGGGCUACAAGAUCUACUGCAACAAAGUGUUUGACGACAGAAUGCAUUACUACACCAAGUCGCUCAGCACGGAUGCGGAGUCUACUCUUGCUAUCCCACCCGAGAUUGCCGCCAAGAAUGCCCGAAAGAAUGAACGCCUUGCCGUUCGCUUUGGUCAUCCUGUCCUCUACAAGCCACUUAUCACGCCCAUGGUGCACGCCAAGGCGCAGCACAUGCUCAGCCAAAUCUAUUCUGGACGUCUUGACCAAGACAGCGAUACUGCCAGCGUGGCCGGUUACAGCGACAUUUUCAUGCAAAACAUGACUCAAGGACAUCCCGGCAAGAGUGCAAACGCUGCUGCGCCGUUUGAAGUCGUGCCCGAAAACCAUCUCGAUUUCAGCUACUAUAAGAACCGCGACGAAUUCGGCGACGAGCACGGAGGCGGCGAGAUUUUUGGCCGUCCCAUUGACGCCGUGUCUAUUCGUUCGCCUACCCCCCGCAGCUUCUUUGCUUUCGAAGACCGUCCUGGCUCUCCUGCUUCUUCCUCUCGAGCCUCGAGUCCUGCGCCCUCACGUCUGCAACGCGCCAUGUCCGGCGACACUGCCGGCUACUCCCGUCCUCCGCUCGAACACCGCUCCAGUUCGUCCGAAUCGCGCGAAGGCCUCGGCUCGUCGGGCUACGUCGACUUGGGCGACCCCGGCCGCGUGGCAAUGUACCGCGACUCAAACGAGAGCGAAACCCGUCUCCUUAAUGCCGCUGCCUCCUCGCCACGGUCAAAUCCUCGUGUGCAAGAAUUCAGUCACGAUCGCUCCGGUAGCCCGCGGGGAUAUCCUCGAGGGUAUGGAAACGUGCCGCAGGACGAAAUGGAUUUGAGUUAUGAUUCAUAUCGUCGUGGCUACCGAUGA